AUGGAGCAACAAAAUUAUACCACUGUGAAUUAUUUCAUUCUAAAAGGGAUUUCUGAAGACCCCAACCUCCAGCUUCCAAUAUUUCUUCUGGUUCUGUUUAUUUAUCUUAUCACUCUUGGUGGUAACAUGACCAUCUUCCUCAUUGUCUGUCUGGAUCGUCAUCUUCACACCCCCAUGUACUUCUUCCUGGGCAACCUGUCACUCUUAGAUAUGUUUUCGACUACCAUCACUCUACAUAAUAUCCUUAUUACAUAUGUAACAGGCAAUAAAAAUAUUUCAUAUGUCACCUGCCUUACACAAAGCUUUUUUAUUGGAUCUUUUACUAGUGAUGAACUUAUGCUCCUUUCAAUUAUGAGUUUUGACCGCUAUGUGGCCAUCCGUAACCCUUUGAGAUAUACAUUGAUCAUGAACCAGAGACUUUGUAUUUUUUGGGCUAUUUUCUGUUGGAUUGUUGGCCUUUUAGAAGUCAUGCCUUUAAUAACUUUACUCUCUGGUUUUUCCUGUUACAGAUCUAAUAUAAUUAACCACUUCUUUUGUGAUCUCAUGCCUGUGAUGAAACUUUUGUGUAGUGAUACAUCUGUUCUAGAAACCUUAUUCUUUAUCGAAGGAGUGUUUCUUUUUACUGUCAUCCCAUUCCUUCUUACCUUUACACCAUAUAUUUUUAUUAUUGUCACCAUUCUGAAGAUUCGUUCGAGCACUGGGAGACGUAAAGCUUUCUAUACGUGUUCCUCACACCUCAUUGUCGUCACCCUACUCUUUACGACUCUCAUCUGUCAAUACCAGAGGCCGGUCACCGAGGACAGUUUGGAGUACAAUAAAUUCUUCUCUCUCUUUAACACAGCUGCAGUCCCCAUAUUAAACCCAUUUAUUUAUAGCUUAAAUAAUAAAGAUGUAAAGUCAGCUCUAAGACGAAGUUUGAGAUAUAUUUACAUUAAUAUCAUCUAUGAAAUAUCACUUAAUUUGCAGUUUAUUCUUAUAGUUUGCUUAUGA